AUGUCGGCGCGCUUCAGCAAAGACCGAGCGCGCCUCAUACUGCAAGAUAUAGAGGAUCAGUUCCAGUUGGACGACGAUGCAUUGAAGACGAUCACGAAGCAGUUCCUAGAUGAUUUCGAGCUCGGUUUAGGGAAAUAUGGACAGGCAAUGGCCAUGAUACCGACAUUCGUGACGGGCGUGCCGGAUGGCACAGAAACGGGGACAUUUUUAGCUCUCGAUCUGGGCGGAACGAACUUGCGUGUCUGUGAAGUCCACUUACACGGGAACCACCAGUUCGAGCUACGGCAGCAGAAAUAUAAGGUGUCGGAUGCGCUUAAGACCGGUGAGGUCACUGCCUUGUUCGACUAUCUUGCGGAUUCAGUCGACGCGUUCUUGACCGACUCCGGUCAUGACUUCAGCGAGCUUGACAACCCAUUCGAAGGCCCACCCGAAAUCCACCUAGGUCUCACGUUCUCCUUCCCCGUCGAACAAACGGCUCUGGACAGUGGCACGCUACUCACAUGGACCAAGGGAUUCGCCGCAAAAAAUGCAAUCGGCAAGGAUGUUGUAAGGCUCCUUCAGGAUGCCUUCGAUAGAAAACAUUUGCAUGUCCGUUGCGUGGCACUUGUGAACGACACUGUUGGUGCCCUGCUUUCUAGGUCAUAUACCGCGGGAAGCUGUCUCCUUGGGGCCAUCUUUGGGACAGGCACCAACGGUGCCUAUUUGGAGGAUGUAGCGAAGAUUACGAAGCUCAAGAACUCUCCCUCAGCAGCGAAAGGCGGGAAAAUGGUGGUUAAUACCGAGUGGGGAGCCUUCAACAACUCGCGAACAACUCUCCCGACAACAGCCUUCGACAACAAAUUAGACCGUGAAUCCAUUAAUCCGCGCUUUCAGGCAUACGAGAAGUUCAUCUCCGGCAUGUACCUCGGCGAAAUCACCCGGAACAUCCUCUUAUCGCUCGUGGACGCCGCGCCGAAGCCGCUCCUGUUUGGCGGGAAGUCGACCAAGCAGCUCAACACGCAUUACGGCUUCGACACGGCUGUUAUGAGUGCUGUCGAGGAGGCGUGGGAGGGUUUGAAGGUAGUCAAGCCGGAGCCAAUGCCCUCGCCCUCGGCGGCGAUAUGGGACUUCGAUGAAGCCAAGCUCGACGAGCCAACGAAGGAGCGCCUACGCACCAUUCAGCAGGUCAUCGUGGAGCAAGUGGGCUUUGCUCCGGAGGACGUGUCGCUGCAGGAUGCUGCGAUCGUUCGAUGGGCGUGCUCUCUGGUAGCACAGCGAGCAGCAAAACUCAGUGGAUGCGCAGUCGCGACGGUACUCGCGCAGACUGGUUAUGCGAAAUUGGGUGGUUCGGACUCCCAUGAUGGUCCGGAUAAGAUCGGCGUCGGUGUGGAUGGUAGUUUGAUUCAGCACUAUCCCAACUUUGAGGCAGGCUUGCGUCACUCCCUGCGUACCUUGGUCGGCGAAACCAUCGAGAAAAAAGUGGAGAUUGGUAUGGCCAAGGAUGGCAGCGGAGUUGGAGCGGCUUUAUGCGCUCUGCAGGCUGCGAAGGAACUGGCACGUAGCGGCACGGACGCAGCUGGUGUCGUAAACUCGAAAUGA